AUGCCAUCAUUUCCAUACCUCGCAAAAGCAACCAUCAAGUACAAGAGCCCUCACAAGCAAGACCUCACAUUCGCCAAGGGUGAAAUCAUCCGAGUCACCGGUAUCGCACCCAAGACGGACCCUUCGGACGACGACGAUGAUGACGACGACGACUGGCUAGUCGGUGAGACGCUGGACGGCUCCAGAAGCGGCUUCUUUCCAGGUGGCUUCGUCGAGCCGACAGACGAGGUCGACGAGGCUCCUUCCCACGAGGCGGAGGCAAAGGUCGCAGAAGCCACCUCUGCCCCGUCAGCCCCUGGCGCCAUUCCAAUUGACGCUCCAACCGAUCUUCAAACGUCUGUUGUCGAAGAAGAGCCCUCGUCGCACUCCGCUGAUGUCGUGCCCGAGGCGGCUCGCGAAGCAGCCAAAAGGGGUGAGACAGAGGAAGCUGGCUUCGGCGCACCACUGCCACCUCGACCACCUUCCCCCAACGCUGAGGAGGAGGAAACACCGAGUGACCCUGUCCCCGAAGUCAAGGAGAGCGGUAUGGGGGCUACUAAUGCUGCAGCCGGAGCAGCCGCUGUAGGUGCUGCAGCUGGUGUUGCCGGUGCCGUCGGUGCGAGUAGUGCAAAAGACAUAACUUCGACCGAGGCAAGCUCAAGGACAGCAACGGCAGAACCCGCCGCUGCCACAUCUCCAACAAAGGCGCCUCCAGCUGUGGCGACCAAGCCCAUCGGCAUGUCCAACUCGUUCCGUGACCGACUUGCUGCGUUCAACAAACCUGCCGAGGCCGCUCCGCCACCCCUGCCAAAGGGCAAGCCUGGCGGAUGGAAGAGACCCACACCUACAUCCAACGAGGCCAAGCCAAUCCUUCCAGGAGCGUCUGCGACUGCCCCUGCGUCUGCCGCGCCGAAGCCAGCGCCGGUCGCACCGUCAACAGACACCAUUGAAGCUCCCACCUCGUCUGACCCGUCUGCUGCCUCCGGCGGAUUCAGUGCUGCUGAUGCGCAGACGAGCAUCAAGAUGAGUCUGAAGGAGAGAAUGGCCGCGCUGCAACGCAACGAAGCUGCUGCCUCUGACGCUGCUCCGCAGAUCAAGCCCAAGCCCGCAGUGCCCGGCAAGAUCGGUGCUGACCGUCGCAACGUCGCUCUGCAGGGCAUGGGACUUGCUCCUGGAGGGGCGGUCCCGCCACGAAAGUCGUCUACCGACGGAACCAAAGACGCAGAUGAGCUUGCAUCCGAGACCACAGCGACUCAGGAUGGCUCAGAGCCCGCCCCCAUCACAACGCCUUCCGAAGAAGCCGGCGAUCCCGCAGCUGCCACCGCGAAUGAGGCCGGCGCGGCCGACGAGACUCAAGAGCAGGUCGAAGACGCCGGCGAGCCAAAGGAGGAAUUGACAGAGGAAGAGCAAGAGGCAGAACGACGUGCAGCUAUCGCCAAACGCAUGGCAGCUCUCGGCGCUCGUCGUAUGGGCGGUGGCCCGUCGCCCUUCGGAGCACCGAAGCCUCCCGUCCGCACCAACACGGCUUCCAGCACCGGGUCUGGAGUAGGGAGUACGUCCGAGCCUGGCAUCAGCAUUCCCACCGCCGCUGCCACCUCGUCCAACGAAGAAGCCGGAGACGCGGCUGCAGCUCCUGCUCUCUCGACGAGCGAUGCUGGAGAUGCUGAACUUCGCUCACCCAUCAGCGCAGGGGCUGAAGAGGAGCCCAAGGUUCUUGCUGUGCCCCGAAGGACUGCUGCUCCGCGCAAGAGGAAGCCGGUCGCACCAGCUGCCGAGGCAGCUACUGGUGCCGCUGUUGGGGCUGUAGGAGGCGCCGCCAUCGCUGAAGAGAGCGACAACGCAGACACCGUCAUCACACCCUCGGCCGUCGAGCCAGAAGCAGUGGAGCAACAGUCAGCACCUGUCGGUCUGACCGACACGAGCACAACGGCUACUCUCGAAGAGAAAGACACCGUUGCUGAGUCGACCGACAGGGACGUCGGCAUGGCUGCCGUCGGAAGCGCCGAUGCUCAGGAUACUCAAGCUGCCUCCAUGCACGAGGACGAAGUCAGCCAGCAGCUGGAUGAUGAAGACCCAGAGAUUGCAGAAAAUCAGAGACAGCUGGAAGAGUACUUGCGAGGCGAGGGCUUCUACGAGGAUCAGACCGAGCAGACCGCUCAGCAGGAGCCCGAAGUCGGCUCUGCUGCCGUCACAACCGACACCGAUCUCUCUACCACGGCACGCGACACGGAAGCGUCCCAGGCAGCUGAGAGCGUGCCUCGUGAGGAAGUUGCAUCGCCGAAGCCGCCCAGUCGUCCGCCGAGCACUCGUCCGCCCAUUCCCAAGACGACUCUUCCCUCUACUCCCGGCACGACCGCCGACGAAGACUACGUUCCGGCUGCUUCUUUGUCGCGACGUGGAAGCGCCAUCCCACCUGUGCCUACGUCUAGUCUCCCUGUUCCGGUUGAGACUACUGCCGAGGAGACCGAGGAGUCCGACGAGCCGUUCACGGCUGCUCACGAAGCCGAGGAACAGACAGGUCCCGUGCUGGCAGCUCCUAGACCUCGCAUGGCCGUCGCGACCGAGGACCCGGAGGACGAAGAACUUCUCGCUGCUGCUGACGCCCCUUCGUCUGCCGUCGAUGACGAGACUGCGCCAUCAGAAGCGAUUCCCCAAGAACAGCCGGAAGAGCAAGAGCUCACAGAAGAGGAGCAAGAGUCGCAACGACGUGCCAAUCUCGCUCGCCGCAUGGCAGCUCUCGGCGGCCAAAGGAUCGGUGCCUUCCCUGGCAUGGCCCCGCCUCCGAUCAUGGGUGCUCCCAUGCCUGCCCGAAGAGCGCCUGUGCAGGCCGCUGAGGAGGUCGAAGACGAGAGCACUGGCGCGGAUGGCACUGCGGAGCCAGAGGAGGAGGACACGCCUGUGUCGCCGAUCCGGGGGCCACCCAGAGGUGGCAUGGCGAUCCCUGGUCUCACAGCUGUGCCUGGCAUGAACGCUUCUCACGCCGAAAGCGAUGCGCUGGAGCGGGCUAGAUCGCCAGGUCCUGCCAGCGUCGACGCACCGGCACGACUUGCCAGUCCGCCACCUGUGCCCACGAGCCCGCCGCCGAAGCCUAUGUCGCCACCUCCUGCUGGCGCCCUUCCUCCCGCAGGCGACUCGACGGCAGCGCCAAUGCUCCCACCUGGCCGACCCUCGAGCACCGUCCCGAUGGCGAACCUGGACGAGGCCAUCCGCUCUGCCAGCCCAGCCGGUAGCAACCUAGCCCGUCGCGGGUCCACCAAGCCACCCAUUCCGCAAGGCAUCAGUGCACACUCUCGCAAGUCGUCGGUGGCCGAGGAGCGUGAGUUGACCACAAGUCCGCCACCUCUGCCUGUCAGUCCACCUCCUCUUCCAUCGAGCCCGCCUCCUCGUCCGGCAUCACGAGCGCCGCCGCUGCCUGGCCAAAGUGUUCCUCCUCCUCGGCGCCAAGGCUCCUCCGCGUCGUACGCCUCGAUGGGCGGCUCCGACCAGCCAGAUCUGCCCCCCGUACCAUCGACGACAACCACACCCGCGACCGAGCAGCCGCCUAGGACAGAAGCCGCUCUGCCACCUACGCCGUCCACACCCAACGCCAACAUAGGCGCCCGCCACUCAUCACGCGACCUCGACCUGAUGCCCACCAGUCGGUGGUGGCGGCACGGGAUGAACCCGCUCCGUCUCCCACCCACCGUCGCCGGUCGACCCGAUGCGAUCCUCUACGCCGACACGUCGAGCGCCGACGGUGUGCAUCGUGCAGACAUCUACAUGCUCUUCGAGGACUAUUCGACCACCACCAUCAGCUUGUCGUUCCAAGAUGACGACGCGGAGGAGUCGCAGACGAGUCUGACGCAGAGACACAAUUUUCCACCGCCCAAGCCGAGCGCUGCGCAACUCAAGCAGUGGGCUGCCUCGCUUGGCGUGUCCGUUGCGCGUCUGGCCUCUGACGUUGCGAAGCAAACUAAUUCGCCGAUUGGCGAUGGUUCCCCACGCGCGUUUGUCGGCCACGUUCUGUCCCAACUCCCCGCCCUCCCACCAGUCGGUACCUCCCUCGGCACCCCCGUCCUCACCCAGGUGGGCGCAACACUCAUGGAUCCCCCCACCGACGAAGUACGCCCCGGCGACCUAGUCUGGUGCUCCCACGCCGAUUUUCGGGGCAAAAAAGGUCUGGCGCCCUACCACACCACCCUCGGCACCACCGACCCCACGGUAGGCGUUGUCGUCGAGGUGGAGAGCAAGAAGAACAAGCUCAGGUGCGUCAUUCAGAGCCCAGCCCAGAAGAAGGGCGCUGCGGAAGAGGUGAGCUUGAGGAUGGACGAUCUGAAGAGUGGUGUGGUCAAGGUGUUUAGGGUCCCGCCGAGGCAGGGGUGGGUUGCCGAGUGGUAG